GACGCCGUGACACGAGGAAUCAAAUCACACGCUGUAAAAAUAGCAGCUUGUUCUAAAUACAGUAGAGCUGUAAACAAGCAGAUAAACCUGGAAAGAAGCGCAGAGGAGCUGCUCGCAGACACAGCAUCAGUUCCCAUCAUGAAGGCGGACAGGAUCACUGACAUUCCCGUGUACGACCUCUCUCUGAUCCGACAGCUGUGGGAGGGACGAGUGAAGAAGUACAGACAGCGGCAGAAGAAGGAGGAAGAGCGCAUCAGUAAAAGUGCUCUGGCCAAGGUGGAUCAGCAGUGGCAGUAUCGCAUCGCGUGCAGGAAGCUGAAGAGCGCGGAGGUCACGGCGCUGCAGUGUUACCUGGAGAGAUCCACGCUCGGACAAAUACACAUCCAGCCCACCGAGAACACAGACAAUGACGCAGACAACAAGAAGUUCAUUUUUGAGUUGAACGGGAAAAAAUGGAUGAAAUUACCUGAAGAUCUUCAGUACAUGACUUAUCUCAAGGAAUGGCACAUCCAUGGGACCAGGAUUCCCGAGAUUCCCACUUACAUCGAGGCAUUUGUGGAUCUGCAAGUGCUGGACGUCCCGAAAAACGGACUGACGAAGCUUCCUCGUGAAAUAGGGAAACUGAUCAACCUCAGGGAAUUACGUGUGAAUUAUAAUAAACUGUUAACCAUUCCACCUGAACUCGGAGGAUGUGAGAAUCUGGAGCGAUUAGAGAUGACCGCAAACGGAAACCUGGCCGAGCUUCCCUUCGAGCUGAGCAAUCUCAAAAAACUGAAGCACUUGGACAUAGCAGAAAAUCAGUUUGCCAGUAUUCCAGUCUGCGUGCUGCGCAUGGAAAGCCUGAAGUGUUUGGAUAUCAGCAACAACAGACUCAAAGACCUGCCCGAGGACAUUGACAGGCUCGAAGCGUUGGAGACGCUGUUCCUUCACAAAAACAAAGUGCGACACGUGCCGAUGACUGUGACGAAUCUGAUGCAUCUGAAGAUGCUGAUCAUCAGCGCAGACGAGCUGUACAGCAUCCCGUCACAGUUAAUCGACAGCCCUAAUAUCAAAUUAAUCCGAUUAUACGACAAUCCAAUCAACCCUGAGAAUGAAGACAUGAGCAUGGACUCAGAAGCUCAGGAGGGGCGCGACAAAGAGUUCAUGAAGACGUACAUCCAAACCCUUCAAGACAGAGACGCUCAGCCGUUGUACACCACUAAAGUCUCUCUGAGCUGCCUGCUGUAGAACCAGAUCAACGUCUGCUUCACGACUCGAAAGAUGCCACGGAUUGAAAUCAGUGUGUUUGAAACACUUCCACGGGAGUCUGUUUAUUCGUUUGUUCAUUCCGAGUUCAGUUAGAACUAAGAUGCAGGUUACACUGAGAAGCUGUCAGUAUCUGAAGGUUUCUUUUGUUGCUGCGUUUACUAUUAUUGAAGUUUUUUUUUUUUUGACUGCAUCCCGAACACAUUUUGAUUUGGUUUUCUGUGAAGAUUUCCGUUGUUUAGUUUGUUUGACGUGACCAAAAUGUUUCACAGCAUGACGUUGAACCUUUUUCUGUCUGGAAGUCAAUGUUUUAUAAGAGUGCCGUUUUAAUUUAUUGCAGUUAAUUUUCCUAUUUUGCCUUCAGCCAUAAAUCAACAUGCAAACGUGCAUUUCUCUGUCAGAGUGUGAAACAAUAAAAAUGCAAUCCUGGAAUAUGAAGUGGUUUAUUGAAACAUUAAAUCAAUGAAUAUCUCAACGAACACUUGUAGCAAUGUGCAUUAAAUGCAUCGAUAAAAUCUCGUCAGAAGGCAUCUACAAACCAGUCUUCAAAGGAAUGGCUGCAUAGACAUGAAGAAUGGCACCGAGAGCUGAAAUAUCAGUAAAAAAACAAAGUGCAGUUCAUCGGGAAACACGUAAAAUAACUUUAGAGGGGUUAAGAUGUUCUGGAGUCAGUGUGCAUUGAUCUACAGCACCGAUUGCAUAAAGAGAAUCACAUCACAUCAUUUUCAAGUAUGCAUCAUAUUCACGUCUCCAGAAUUGGCAAAUGAAACGUUUCCUUUGCUCAAAAACAUCAAAUGUGCAUGAUAAAGCAGAAAUCCUCAUUGAUUUAGGCUGAUAUUGCUGCUGUUUGUUACAUGAUAAAAUGCAGUCAAUUAUAUAAUCUGCUGCAUACUGCGUAAUGAACUUUGAGAAUUGUUUUACUCCGAUUUUAACAUGCAAAAAUAAAAUAAAACAAAAUAAGGAAAGUCAGUGAGAGAAAGCAAUGAUAAAUCAAUAAAGCUAGUUUAAAAACAUUUGAUUCGGUCCUCUGGGAAUUAUUUCAGGACAUCAGCAACACAGAAACAUUAAAUGUUACAGGAAGAGUUCAGGCCAAAAAUGGAAAUGUACUCACUCUCAGUUCAUCAGAGAUCAGGAUGAGUGUGUUUCUUCAUCAGGUUUGGAGAAAUGUAGCAUUGCAUCGAUGGAUGCUUUACAGUGAAUGGGUGCCGUCAGAAUGAGAGUCUGAUAAAAACAUCCCAAUAAUCCACAGCAGUCCAUCAGUUAACAUCUGGAGAAGACAAAAGAUGAAAAAAAAAAAAAACUAUCUAGUGCACUUGACUACCUAGUGCACUUGACUACAUAGUGCACUAUAUUUUUUUUCACUUUCACUUUUUUAUAUAGUGCACUUGACUACCUAGUGCACUUGACUAUCUAGGAUUAUUGUGAUGUUUUUAUCAUCUGUUUGGACUCUCAUUCUGACGGCACCCAUUCACUGCAGAGCAUCCAUUGAUGAGACACUGAUGCAGUGCUACAUUUCUCCAAACCUGAUGAAGAAACAAACUCAUCCUGAUCUCUGAUGAACUGAGACUGAGGAUAUUUUUCCAAUUUCGUCCGAACUCUUCCUUUAAAUCAAGUCUGUGUGUGACUGUGAGGUAGCAGCUCUGUGUUGAGUAGCUGGUGCUCAUAUAUGAGUUACAGAUUAAAUACGAUUUCGUCGUAAUAAUUAACCUAUGACCUAAAGACAACGCUUAUGUCUGUUUUGUGCCGUUUCUCUUUAAAAGAAAGACUGCGCUCUGGCUGUAUGUGCACUGCGUGUUUAAAUGCUCUUAACUAACUAACCACGAGGACAUUAUUAUUAUUGCAGUCUGUAUAAGAUAAAGUUCAUCAGUAAUAUAGUAAAGAACUACAGUUUACAUUCAGAUACACGGCAGCACAUCAUUUUAGACGAUUUCCAAAACAAAUGUCUAAAGAUUUUUAAAUUAAGACACAUGAGAAAUAAAGUGAGUUUAUGCUUGAAACAAGAACAAAUAGCUGGCAAAAAAUUAACUUAAUCCAAAGGAAGAAACUAGAUAAUUUUUUCGACCCAUUAGCAGACAUUUAUUCUUGUUUGAAGCAUAAAUUGUUCAGAAAACAAGAUCUUGUAUAAACAGAAACAUAUAUUGUAACGUUUCAUUUGCAUCAUUAAAAGUGCUACAAAUAAACCUGAACUGAACAAUAUUAAUCUCAAUUAAAAGGGUUUUGUUCUGCGGGAGAACUUGAUGUUUUGCACUGUAAGCCGAAAUAUGGAGAAGGCACAUUCGCUUUCAAAGACCGAAGGAUAAAAACAAAAAAAAAGCUUUG